AUGUACUAUGUCCCCCCGGACCAAGAAGGUCUCACAACCGGCAAUAAACUUGCCAACAAGCACCCUCUAGGCUCCCGCGCUCGCCACCUACACACAACAGGCGAACUAACCGUGCGCUUCGAAAUGCCGUUUGCCGUUUGGUGCUCCACCUGCCAGCCAGCAGACACCGUUUUGAUAGGCCAGGGCGUGCGCUUCAAUGCGCUGAAAAAGCGUGUGGGGAACUAUUAUUCAACCCCGAUUUACAGCUUCCGCAUGAAACACUCCAUCUGUGGUGGCUGGAUAGAAAUUCGCACUGAUCCGCAGAACACGGCCUAUGUGGUUACGGAGGGCGGGCGGCGGAGGGAUACGGGUGAGCUUGAGAAGGGCGGGUAUGAAGAGGAUGGGGAGAUCAGGUUACGGCUUCGGCAAGCCGGGGAGGGCGGUGUUGGUGCAGCUGAGAAGGACGCGUUUGCGAAACUGGAGGGGAAAGUAGCGGAUCAAAAGCGGGUGAUGACGGAGAAGAUGCGGAUGGAGGAAUUGAUAAAGGUGCAGGAGCGCGACUGGGAGGAUCCAUAUGAGCAGUCGCGGAGACUAAGGAGGGCGUUUCGUGCGGAGAGGAAGAGGCGGGAGAAUGCUCAAGAAGUCACAGAGGCGCUGCGGGAUAAGAUGAGUUUGGGGAUUGAGUUGUUGGAGGAGUCCGAGGGAGAUCGGGUGAGAACCGGGAUGGUGGAUUUUGCUCCUGACCCUGGUAGCAUUGCCGGCGGGGAUGUAGCUCGUCGUGUCAUUUCGAAGCCGUUGUUUGAGACAAAGUCGAUCGCAAAGACGCCGCCGGAUCAGGGGCGCGGAAGGCCGGGAGAGAAGGGGAAGGGGAAGGAGAAGCGUGCCAGAAAGCCUGAAGCAGUUGCGGCACAGCGGAAGGCGUUGUUACAGCAAGAGUUGAGUGGAAAUACGAGGGCAGCGGUUGAUCCGUUUUUACAGGACGAUGAUACGGAUUGGACGCCCGGUGGUAAGAAACGGAGGACUGCGAGAUCUGCAGGCGUGGUACGAGCUGGGGGAGAGCCAAUUCAAGAACGGAAACAUGAGAAUGGGAAUGAUAAAGGUGAUGAAGGCGAGGUCAAUGGUGAUGGUGGCACUCCGGAUGGGGAGAAUAAAAAUCGAAACUGGCAGGUAGCGGCAACGGUAACGAAUAGUGAAACUCCCAAUAUGCCUCUGAGGGGAGAAUCACCUAUACGGUUGGUGGGAUACGGGUCGUCUGACGAUUCUGAAUGA